CUUAAAGCGGCCAAGACUUCUUCGACAUCUCAGGUUUUCUCCGUGUAAAGUUUGUAGUCCUAGCUCUUCUUUCGUAUAAUCAAAAUCCACCGAUUCCCUGUGUCUUGUGAACAGAGUUUGCUCGGACGAUGGACAGCAUGGACACAAAGAGGUUAAAUGAAAGCAACAUGAGUGAUCGUGCUUGGUCAGGUUGUGCCGUACUUUUUCUGGGGUGUAGCAGUCCAGCACACAACCUUCUGUCAGUUUACAAAGAUGAGCAAGGGAAAUUCAUUUUGUUCAAGGUUAUUAAGCUUACCCUUGUAGAUUCUGUCGGUGGACUGGAUGGGUAUGAAAUCCUGAAGCUGCAUGAUGCUGAUCCGUUCCUCGGGGUUGAACUGAAGUUCAUGACCAUGCCUUGCUGUCAGCGAUUUCUAGAGAGCUAUGCAUGUGGUUCACUCCUUCAGUUUCUGUCCCAGCAUGCUUCACGCCUUUUGACUCUUCCUGAUGGGGUUGCCAUGGAAACACAACUCAAAGCUGGUGUACACACGCUGGACCACAGUCUGCAAGAUCUGGGGAUCUGCCUAGAUCAUGUACAGCAAUCACAGCCUGUGCGUUUGCGAGAUGAUGAGGUCACACAGUUGGAGCAGCAGCUGCAGAACAGCUACGGUCCUCCCAGUCAGCCACCACAGGAAGUGCCCAAUAAUUGCUUUCUGUUUCAGAAAAGAGUGUUUGACGAUAGGCCGUUGACAUCUGCAGACCAACAGCGAUUUGCUGCUCAUGUGGGACGGGAUUGGAAACGAGUGGGAAGGGCUUUACAGAAAAACUGCCGCGCUCUGAAAGGCCCGGCUAUCGAAAAUCUAGCUUAUGAGUAUGAAAGGGAAGGGCUUUAUGAACAGGCCUACCAACUGCUUGGACGGUUCAUCCAGUCAGAAGGCAGGAGUGCCAAACUGGGCCGCCUUAUCAGUGCGCUAGAGGAGACAAAAAUGAUCACCAUGGCAGAGGUCAUGUUGGGAAUUCAGCCACGAGAGUGAGCCCCUAUGAAUGAUAUAUAUGUGUAUUUUGUUUUAUUUGUGCGUAUGUGUCUGACUGUUUUCAAAAUCUACAGUGAAAACUGAAAAGCGUGUUUGUUUGUUUUUGGUGAUCUCAUCACGACCUGAACAAUUUAAUGUCUCCUGUUUUACACCCGCUUUCAAUUAUCUGCCCCCAAAUCAAUUUCUAUUAAAUAAAGUGUUUCAUACAUCG